CGUGUAUAGUGUUGAUGCCACUAAUUCCAUUAUAUUACAUGAAACAUAGGCAUUCUGCUUUGCAGAGUGUGUGAUCAGAGGCUGAUUGUUCAAACAGAAAUUACCUUGAAAUAUGGCAAAAGAAUUAGCCUCUGACCUUGUGUAUGUAGAUGAUGUUUACUUCUUUCUAGUCUCUGAUGGUGAACAAGAAAAUGAUGUGACUUUCACAGUUUCGGAUGAACAGUAUGCAGAAGAACUGCAGUUUCAAGAGGUUCUAAUGGGCUCCCUGAUCACUUCCCAAAUGGCAAACAAGGAGGCCUCGUCCUCUUCAUCCUCACCAGAAAUCCAAGCAACUCCUCCAACCCCAAAUGCAGAGCCUGUGGAGGGAACGGAAGAAGCAGGAGAAUCAUCUCAAUAUUGCAUCUGCGAGAUUUGUGAUGAAAAGAGACGCAGUGACGAGAUGUUCAGAAAUGAGAGCUGCGUUCACUCAUUUUGUUCAGACUGCAUUGGGAAACAUGUUGCCACGAAGAUCCAAGAGGGCAUAACCGUUGUUUAUUGCCCCGGAUUGGACUGCAAGGCUGUGCUGGAACACGAUGCUUGCGGGCCAUUGCUUCCCAAAGACGUGCUGGAAAGGUGGGAAGUAGCGCAAUGCGAAGCGCUGAUUCCUGCAUCCCAGAAGUUUUACUGUCCGUUUUGCUCAGCCAUGUUGGUGAAUGAUGGCGAUGAAGGAGAAGUCAUUAGGCAGUCAGAGUGCCCAUUCUGCCAUAGAUUGUUCUGUGCACACUGUAAUGUUCCCUGGCACCCAGGGGUAGACUGCGAAGAGUUUCAGAGACUGGAUGAGAACGAAAGAGGGAGGAACGAUCUCUUGGUGAGGGAGCUUGCAAGGGAUAGGAAAUGGAUGAAGUGUCCCAAUUGCAAUUACAUUGUGGAAAGGACUGAGGGUUGUUUACACAUUAUUUGCAGGUGUGGGUUCCAGUUUUGCUAUGGAUGUGGAAUACAAUGGACUGACGACCAUGGUGGUUGCCGGAGAGAUUAAAUCCAACUCUUUCGUGGAGUUGUUGAUAGAAAGAGUUCGUAUUUAGGGAUGGAAUGAGUCAAACUGCUUUGUUUUUGUAUUUUUGGUUGGAGUGUUUUUGCAUUUUAAGUGUCGAAUUGCAACAGUAGUACUACCCAUUCCACUGUGUGCAAAAAUGCAGGACCUGAUCAGCAGCAUUAAUUUGGGAAAGUAUUAUCAGAUUCGUGCCAAUAAGGAAACUUGAAAUAUUGUCAUGAUCUCCUGCCACUGUUUGAUUUUAAGCUUGUGAUGAUGAUCUAAAAUAUGUUUUGCUUAUUAUGUUUAUCAUUUAAA